UCUCUUUCGGUCAAAGGUCCACAGAUCUCUAGUCGGAGCGUUUGGAAGGUGCUCUGCCUCUUAUUUCCGGUGGUGGAGAAGUGUAGUUGCUAUGAAUGGCCAGCAGUCCUGGAAGUGAUGCAGCUUUGGGUACUCAGAAGUCAGUGCUUUCGGGGAGCCCUCGAACAAAGACAUUCCCUCUAACGGAACAGGAGGUAUUUUAUAUGAAUUGUAGAGCCGCCUACUUAACUAUCUUCAAAAGCAGCUUGGAAAACAUUAUUUCUAAAGAUCAACUUUAUCUAGCUCUUCAGCAUGCAGGAAGAAAUCCAUCCCAAAAGACCAUUAAUAAGUAUUGGACUCCUCAAACUGCCAAACUAAAUUUUGAUGAUUUUUGUAUAAUUUUAAGCAAGGAAAAACCUACUUCAAAAGCAGAAUUGCUAAAGUCAUUUAAAAAGUUAGAUAUAAAUGACGAUGGCGCUAUUCUACACUCAGACCUACAUAACUAUCUAACAAAGAGAGGUGAGAAGAUGACUCAGGAAGAAGUAAAUGCUGUAAUAAAUUUGGCUGAUGUAAAUGCUAAUGGAAAGUUUGACUACAUUAAGUUUUGUAAAUUAUACAUGACAACCAGUGAGCAAUGUCUCAAGACUACACUAGAAAGACUGGAGGCUGACAGUAAACUGAGGCGUCAACAGUUUGGAAGCCACAUCGAAGGGUCCCCUGAAAGGGCUCUGUCACCAGCACCAAAGCCAUCACCUAGAAUCAUAAGAAAAAAUGACCAAGAAACAUUCUCAAGCAAAGGUGACUCAAGCCAUGCCUUACUGUCAACUACUAGAAAGUUCAAAACAUCUGUUUCCUUCACAAUGACCAUGAGUGCUAACAAUAACCGAGAAUCAACGCUAACUGAGCCAAACUUAAAGGAUUGGCAGUGUGCACAGUCAAAAGGCUGCUUCUUUUUAGAAGAAGAUGGUGAAGUCGUUAGUCAUCAGUACAAAAUGCACAUAGCUCAGAGAUCUGUGCUUUUCCUAACAAUUAAGCCUUUAUAUCUGAGUCAAGUUGAAGGAAAACGUUCCCCCUGGUUAUCGGUUGACACAGCCUUGUAUAUUCUUAAGAAAAAUGAGAAUCCAGCAGAGCCACAGCUCAUGUGUUUUACCGAACUACGAAACAGAGAAGUGUUUGGAUGGACUGGUGAACUAGAGCCAGGAAUUUAUUGGUUAAUUCCUUCCACAACUGGCUGUAGGCUAAAAAAAGAAACAAAACCAGUAACAGAAGAAGCUCAACUUGUACAUAGAGAUGAAACAGGGGAAUUAUCUCUUACAAGUGAGUUUAGGUCAACCCUGUCAGAGAUAUUUGAAGUGAUUGAUCUAGAUGGCAAUGGUCUGAUCAGCCUUGAAGAGUACAAUUUUUUCGAAUUGAGAACAAGUGGUGAGAAGUGUGAUGAGGAUGCCUGGGCUGUCUGCAGAGAAAACUUUGACACAAAGAAGAAUGAAUUAACAAGGCAGGGCUUUAUGGACUUGCAUCUGAUGGAAGCAAAUGACCGAGAAGGAGAUCCUCUUGACCUGUGGGUGACCCUGCACUCCAUGGGCUACAAUAAAGCUCUGGAGCUGACAGAGGCAUGCCCAUUUGUCAUCAAUGUCUAUGCUGAAAGGUGCAAGCCAAGAAUCAAAGCUGUCCAUAUGGAGGCGUGCAGUGGGCAACUCGAGAAGGCCAUUUGCAAAUCUGUCCUCGACAGAAGUGAUGCUAAAGUCAUGGAUGGCUAUGAAAAUAUAAUCGUACAUACUUGCAAUUAUGACACAUGGAUAACAUCAAUUAUUGAAAAUAAGUCAGAUGACAAAGUGAUUAUUCACAUCAAUAAUGAACUGAGUAAAAACUGCGUCAACAACAGAGGACUCAACAUCUUUGCAGUAGAAGUGGCACCCAGAUCUACAAUGGUUUGUCAACAUGUGAUGCCCCUGAAUGAACAACAAGAAUGGAUAUAUUGUUGUGUGUAUUCUCUUGUAUCUUAAAUAAUUCCAUUUGGAGCUAUCAAACUAAGAAGUAUUCUAGAUCGAAUAUUUUAUUUAUUAACUACAUGCUUUUCCAUGUAACUGGUAUACUUAAUAAUCUGUUUCAUUUCUAUGCAUUUAUAUUUUAUG